GCACCCCUUCAGCCAAGCGGGAGGAGAAAUGGAAGGGGCUCCAUUUCUCCUGCCGCUUCGCUGAAGGGGCGCUAAGCAGAGAGGGGAAGAAUUUUUUUUUCUUGUUCUCCCCCUCUAAAACAAGGUUUGUCCUAUGGUCGGGUGCAUCCUAUAGAGCGAAAAAUACGGUAAUCAUUAAAAUAAAUAGGAAUUGUGGGUCAAAACUGUACUUUAAAUCUGUGGGUUUUGUUAUACUCUUAUUUUAAAAGUCACAAUUUCCAUGCAAUUUGUAUUUAUAUUUUUCUCUGCUGUUGUGGUCUUGAUAACCCUGUGCUCUAUCUGAUGAACAAAUGAACUGAAAGUUUGCACACUUUUCUGUUUUAUGACAUGUCAGUGUAGUGUGUACACACACUAGGAAGCAGCAACCGAUUGCAGUUUCCCAACAGAUGCAGUUCACACAAUACUUUUGUGUGUGUGUGUGUGUUUUAAUAUAGAAAUGGACAGUGGAGAAAACUAAUGCCCCUUUGAAACAGGCAAAAGCACUGUAAAGUCCUCACCGUGCAAGUUCCAUAAUCCAUUUCCUUAGCUCGUGUCCACAUGGAAACCUUAAGAAACAAUAUGCAAUUCUCAAUUUGGAAGUCAUGUGAGCAAGAGAAGUGGGUUAUAAUUGCAUCCGAAAUGAGUAGAAAGUGAAUCUGUUAUGGGUCAGUGACUCAGCAAAGCUCAUGCUUUCAUCAUUUUGAAGAUUCUUCAAGCCUCUGAGAAUUCAUUCUUGCUUCCAAGGAGCAGGAGAGAGUGAGAGAGAACUAGCAGCUACUUCUCUUGCAGACAUGGCUUAUUGGAACCCCUUCCUUCUCUUCAACUUGAUGGCCCCUUGGAUCAUGCUCUGUCCAUCUCAUGCCUUUCCAACUGGUGCUCCUGCAUCAGCCUGUGAGAAUAUGUUACCUAUUCACACAGGGACCCAGCCUCAACAGACUCCAGCACCCUAUGAAUUCCUAGUUAGUACACCCUAUUUCCUAAACGGGCAGCCUGUUAAUGUUCAGAUCCUUGGUUCUGCAUACAGAGGGUUAUUGUUGGAAGCUCGUGCAUUUGGUUCCACAGCUGCACUAGGUUUUUGGCAAACUCCUCCCAAUAAUACUAAAUUAUUACAGUGUUCUGGAAAUCCACAAGGCGCAGUGACUCAUUCUAAUACCAAUUUAAAAACAGGACAAGACAGUUACACAUGGCUUCCACCCAACUCUGACUGCCCUUCAGUAGUUAUAUUUGUGGCUACAGUCGCCCAGUCUCAUGACAUCUACUGGACCAACGUCAAAUCCAAAGUGAUCUGGAGAAAUUCCAAAGCUACCUGUGGAGUGGAAUCAUUUACAAGGUCACUAUCUGCUAAUGCAGCAAUCUUCUCUCUGCUCCCGAUUUUACUGGGAUACAUUUAGAAACCAGCCUACAGCAAUUUACUCGCAUUCUUUAGUAAUCUAAACACAUUGUUUUGUGUGAGAUAUGCAUUAAAUAAUAAAAAGCUCUGCUCACUGCAGUGAAGACUUUCCUAAA